UUCUAUAAAUAACAACUUACUGCCUGCUCCAUUUUUGUUGUAAUGUAAAGUAGAAUCAGCUUUUUUCAGUGAUCAUAUCGAGAUAUGGCAAUUCCUAACGUACGUAUUCCAAGCCGACAGCUGUACAUCGACGGUGAAUGGAGAGAAUCAGUGAAGAAGAACAGAAUACCUAUAAUCAAUCCGGCUACUGAAGAAAUUAUCGGGGAUAUACCGGCAGCUACUGAGGAAGAUGUGGAUAUAGCUGUGGAAGCUGCUCGGAGAGCGCUAGCUGGGGAUGAGUGGGGUUCAACAACAGGGGCACAGCGCGCAAAAUAUCUUCGUGCUAUUGCUGCUAAGAUACUGGAGAGGAAGUCUGAACUUGCAACACUUGAAUCGCUUGAUUGUGGAAAAACAUUGUUCGAGGCUGCUUGGGAUAUGGAUGAUAUCGCAGCAUGUUUUGAGUACUACGCAGACCUCGCUGAAGCUCUGGAUUCGAAAAAGAAGACUCCAGUUGAUCUUCACAUGGAUUCAUUUAAGACUUACGUUCUUAGAGAACCUCUAGGUGUAGUCGGAUUGAUAACUCCAUGGAAUUAUCCACUGUUAAUGGCCACAUGGAAAGUUGCCCCUGCCCUGGCUGCUGGUUGUGCAGCAAUACUUAAGCCGUCUGAACUAGCAUCUAUUACAUGUUUGGAGUUGGGUGAGAUCUGUAGAGAGGUGGGUCUCCCUCCUGGUGCUCUAAACAUUUUAACAGGAUUGGGGCCUGAAGCUGGUGCUCCUUUGGUAUCUCAUCCUCAUGUUGACAAGAUUGCCUUUACAGGAAGUGCCACCACAGGAGUUAAGAUCAUGACUGCUGCAGCUCAACUUGUUAAACCAGUUACUCUUGAGCUUGGUGGAAAAAGUCCAAUAGUUGUGUUUGAUGACAUUGAUAACCUUGAUUUAGCUGUUGAGUGGACUCUUUUUGGUUGCUUUGCAAAUGCUGGUCAAGUUUGCAGUGCAACAUCACGUCUUAUAAUACAGGAAAGCAUUGCUUCUGAAUAUUUGGAAAGGCUGCUUCUGUGGAUUAAAAACAUAAAAAUCUCAGAUCCCUUGGAAGAAGAUUGCAAGCUUGGUCCCAUCGUUAGUUCUGGACAGUAUGAGAAGGUAUUGAAGUUCAUCUCAAAAGCCAAAGAUGAAGGUGCGACCAUUUUAUGUGGUGGCGAAAGGCCUCAGCACAUGAAGAAAGGAUACUAUGUUCAACCAACAAUUAUUACUGAUGUUAAUACCUCCAUGGAAAUCUGGAAAGAGGAAGUAUUUGGACCUGUUCUUUGUGUCAAAACAUUCAAAACUGAAGAGGAAGCCAUUGAACUAGCAAAUGACACUAAGUAUGGUUUGGCUUCUGCUAUUAUGUCAAAAGAUCUUGAAAGGUGUGAGCGUUUUACAAAGGCUUUUCAGACAGGGAUCAUCUGGUUCAACUGUUCACAGCCAACCUUUAUGCAGCUUCCAUGGGGUGGUAGAAAGCGUAGUGGUUUUGGACGCGAUCUAGGGGAAUGGGGUCUUGAAAAGUACUUGAACAUUAAGCAGGUGACGCAGUAUACUUCUGAUGAACCAUGGGCUUUUUACAAGUCACCUUCAAAGGUGUGAAAUUUUCUCAGUAGUCGAAGAACAUGCAACAUAUUGCUGUUGUGAUAAACUUACAAGGACCACUGAAAGGGAGUUGAUUGAGGCGUGGAAUGAUGUGAAACUAGUAUACCCUUUGUUUGUUUAGUUAGUCAACAGCACUUGUUAUUACACAGAAGCUAUUAUAUUUCAUUGGCAUAAGUUUGUGAGAACAAAGGAUCAGUAUUUUAAUUCCUUCACGUAAACUAUUUGUAGUUUUAUAACAGACCAUUCAUCCAUCAUUCUACCAAAUAAAGUAAAACAUUUACCUGUAU